AUGACCAUAACUCUGUACAACAUACUAUCAUGUCCUCCCUGCAACUUUGUGCGAGCGCUGGCGAAACAUGUGGGCAUUGAGUUGAAGACCAAGAAUCUGGACGCAUACAAAAAGGAGCAUUACAGCGAUGAAUACCUAAAGAUAAAUCCAUUCCACAAAGCUCCUGCAAUCGAGGAUGAAGAUUUUGUUGUAUACGAGAGCAAUGCCAUUGCCUACUACUUACUCCGCAAGUACGCACCUGAGUCCGAGCUAUAUCCAACCUGCAUUCAGACUCGUACCCGCAUCGACCAGAUUCUCGCUGCUAUUGCCACUACGAUCCAUAAUGCACAGAUGGAGUACACCCGUCCUAUGCAUUUGGCCAAGAAAAAGCCGACGACCCAGCAGAUAACAACAUUCGAAGAAAAUUAUGUCAAAGGACUGGAGCACCUGAUCGGUGACGGCAAGUUCGCGGCCGGGGACACCUUCACACUCGCCGAUAUCGCCUUGACCACACGCGUCGUGGUGGCUCUUGAGAAUUUCACCGACCCUUCUAAGUUUCCAAAGCUCGCAAGUUACUACGACCGAGUCAAGCGCCAGCAGCCUUACUUUGAAGAAGUUUUGGCAAUCUGCUACUAUUUGCUGAGGAAGCACGCACCCGAUACUGAACUCUACCCACCCUGCAUCAAGACCCGUGCGCGCAUUGACCAAGCACUCGCCACUAUUUUUAGCACGAUACAACCACGCUUCAUCAAGUUCCUGAGGCCACGUAUCUACGAACUAAAGCAUCCUACCAGCGAGGAAGUGGAAAAGUUUGAGAAAAACGUGAUCAAGGCCUUCGAGCACAUGCUGGCCGAUGGAAAGUACUUCCUCGGAGAUAGGCUUAGCCUUGCGGACCUCAACGUCGUGGGACACCAGACUCGAAUCCUUGAGGUGCCUUUUGUAGAUGCAGAGAAGUAG